AUGUCAAAUUAAGACAUCAAUGAACUUCCCCCUCUCAAGGUCAAUGUACCAUCAUUCCUUUUAAAAACAUAUGAGAUACUUGAAGUAAGAAUUUCAUAUCAUUUUGAGAAUUCAUCAUUAUCACACAUAAUAGGAUGGAAUUAAGAAGGCAAUGCGUUUAUUGUAUUCAAUACUAAUGAAUUGGCAUCAAAAGUACUUGCAAAUUAUUUCAAACACAAAAACUAUCCAAGUUUUCUAAGGUUAAAGUGCUUUUUACAUUAGAUAGUUGAACAUGUACAAUUUUAAGAAAACUAAAAACUAAUAUGGGCAAAGUGAAUUCAGACAUAAAUGGUUUAGACGAGGUCUCAAGUAUGAAAUCUGAAUAAUUCUGUUUUUAGAAGUAUGCUCCAAUAUAUUCGAAGAAGAAACUAAGAAGAGUCAGAAUAAAAAAUAGAAACAAAAGACAAUAAUUAAGAACUUGAAAACUAUAAAAGAGAGCAUGAGGAGAUGAGACAAAUAGUAAGAGAGAUUUAAAAUACAUAAACUAAAAUGCAAGCUGAUUUUACAGCUUCUGCUGAAUCUAAUGCUACUGUUAGCCGUUCAAAUCAUUCAGUUUUACAAGUAAUAAGAUUAUCCAUAAUAAAGUGUCUAAAUCAAAUGUAACAAUAGUUUAAUAAAAAAUUUGAUACGAUUUCCAUUCUUCUAACUAAAAUUGUUUCUAAUCUACCUUAAAUUGGUAUGAAAAUUUCAUUAAUAUAACAAUAAUAGCAAUUUAGAUAGGUGAUAUUCUCAAAAAUUCUUAUGAAGAACAUUCUCCUGGUAGAUCUGAAUCCAAUUAUAUAGUACCAUAUAAUGAAAACAACCAAUAUAAUUAAAUUGGAUCACCCUAUUCAAAUUAUUAAUAUAAUAGUCCAAUCCAUUAUCUAUUUUCAAGAUAGAAUUAAUGUAAAAAUUAUAUAUGUUAAAAGAAUUCUAAGAAUUCUGUUUCUAAUUUGAUCCUAAUGUAUUUACAUACAAUCGUUAACAUCCCUAAUAAUAAUUAGCAUUACCUGCUCCAAACAUUAAUUCAUAUUUACGUAAAAUUAAAUCACAAAUAUAUUCUAGCCAGCAAUAACUACUCUUUGUAAUCAAGUUUGUAGAAUUCCCCUUAUAGAAUAGCCAGUCCAUCUCAUACAUCCACAACAGAUUCUAAAGAUCCAGAUAAAGUAACUAAUAAAUUUACCUUAAAUAGUUCAGUCUCUAUUAGCCAGCAUGAAAAAAUGUUAU